AUGGCCCUUGGACUUACACUCCUUUCAAACUGGGCGAGGCCGUUGGCUUGUGCGUGUCCCGUCAAGGAUCACUCCCCUCAUCGAACCUCAGCGGCAGUCACGGGAACCUCAGCGGCCGUCAUCGGAACCUCAGCGGCCGUCAGCGGAACCUCAGCGGCCGUCAGCGGAACUUCCACAUUCUACGGCGGGAACCUCAACGGCGGAAUGUGUUCUUUCUCCACAUACACUCUCCCCUCCGGCAUCUACGGCACCGCUUUCUCGGGGUCGGCAUGGGCCACAGCUGCGAACUGCGGAGCCUGCAUUGAGGUCACUGGGCCCAGCGGUGAUCCCAUUACCGCCAUGAUCGUCGACCAAUGUCCCGAGUGCGACGCAGGACAUCUCGACCUCUUCGAGGACGCCUUCAAGAAGCUGUCACCAUCGUCAAGCGACCCACUGUCGACAUCAUACACCUUCGUUGACUGCGGCAUCAAGACCCCUUUGGUUCUACACAACAAGUCCGGAACCUCGCAGUACUGGUUCGCCAUGCAGGUUGUCAACGCCAAUGAGCCUGUAUCCGUGCUCGAGGUCAGCACCGACGGCGGCUCGACGUGGAAGUCGACGACGCGCACGGAGUACAACUUCUUCCAGAAUGAGAGCGGGUUUGGAACGACGACUGUGGCUGUUCGUGUUACCAGUGCCUCGGGGAAAACUGUCGUGGUGAAGAAUGUUGGCGUGGUGUCGGACUCGCAGAUUACGGCAGGUUCUAACUUCUAA